AUGGAAAAGGCAAAAGAAAUAUUCUAUGAUAAGGAAAAAAGGUUUUUUCAACACCUUAUGAUAUAUGUAAGUAGGUUUUUCAUGAAUGAUGAAGAAAUAGUAAUAUUUGAUUUAUUCGUUCAUAACGAAUGUCUGUAUUUAGAAAGAGAUAUAAUUAACAGCAUAAAUAUGAAUGAACAGAAAAUAAGAAGUAUAUUGUCAAAACUAUUAAAGGAGAAAUUUAUAAUUCAGGUUCAGAAAUAUAAAAGCAAUGAAAGGGGUUCUAGCUACCAGAUGUACUACUGCCUGAACAAUUAUAUUGUAUAUGUGAUUGACUUCAGAAUCAAACAGAUGGAAUUACAAUUACAAAAAAAAAGAAGUGAUGACGAUGUCUAUAUUUGCAAUUUCUGUAAUGUAACAUACUCACAGCUAGAUGCGCAGCUACUCCCCUUGGAUUCAUAUGAUGCUCAUUUUCUUUGCUUCUGCAAUAAUAAAAUUGAACUAAUUGAUAAGGAUGAAAGUAGCAACGAUCGCAUAUACAAUAGGUAUACAAAAUAUCUAAACAUUCUGAAGGAGCAUACGGAGAAACUGAAGAAUUACUUUAUCCCUUUGUACACAGAGAAAUUCAGUAAAAUGACACCGAAUUCUUUGAAUUCGAUUGCAGCAGAUAACUCAUCUGAGGGAUCCGUAACAAACAAUUCUUCUGAGUUAUCUCUCACGAAUAAUUCUUCCUUGGUCUCGCAGAAGAAUUCAAGGAAAUCCGUUGAACAUAAGAAAUCGAAUAAUGAAGAAACUACAGCAGAUGCGUGCAGCAGUGUAAUACGAACAGAUAAAAAAAUAAAAAUUUGCAUGAACAUGAAAGGCAAAAAUAGUGCAAACAAAAAAAUGGGCAAUAAUUCCAUUGUGACAACAAGAACGGUUAAUCGAAUGAACGAUGAGGAAAAUGACAAUAGCGUGAUUAUUAUGAAUAGUAAAGAAAAAAAUAAUAAUAAAAGUGACCAUGUGGAUCAAGUAGAUAAAUCCUCCAAAGAGAUAGCAGUAGAUGAUAAAGGAUUGAUUGACUCACCAAAGAUUGAUGUACCCGAGAUGCCUUUAUUUUUCAUAGAGAAGUUUAACAAGGAAUUUUCUCUCAUGGAGGCCCAAAAACUACAACAAGAUAUGACACAGAACGAGUUCGAGCGAUUUGUCGAAUUGCAAGAUGAAUACCUAGACCUUAUUUAA